AGAUUUUACAUUUGUGCAUUUGGCAGAUGCUUUUAUCCUCUAGAAAGUACAAAAAGUCCUUCUGUUUCGCAUGAAGUAGCCUAUUGAAAGGUUGACAAAAGCCCUGUGGUAGUAUUGGUGGUUUGUAAUUAAACAACUUCCUGGAAAUGUAAUUAUGACAUAUAUAAUAAUAAACAAAUGAUAAACAAAUGCUGUAUGUUACUGCAUGUGAAAUGUUGCUGCCUGAAAUGAGAACGAAGUCUGAAGUCUUGGUGAGUAGUUUUGUUUUAUCUAUUCACUUAUUUCACUUAUUUGCAUUUACAGACUAAAAAAAUCUUGUUGCUUUUCUUGUUUAAAAAACCUUUACAUUUAAUAAAGGGAGUUUUUUUGUCUCAAUAUUUUGUCUGAAAGUCUUGAUAUGCUCGGACCAGAUAGUCAUCCCUCUCCAGAAAAAUCAGCCUGUGUGGUGAUUGCUUCACACAAGUGCUCAUCCAUGAUGUACAUCGAUUAAAUGUGAUUGCUAACAGGACAAUAAUUCUUAAGACACAAAGAUUUCAAAUAUGAUUGUAACAGACACUCCCACCUUGUAUCUCUCCAUAUACAUCAUUGCAUUCCUGAUCGGCCUCCCUAAUGCAGUACUGGCAUUCUUCUGUUGCAUCCGCAAGAUCCGCAGUAAACCUCUCCCUAUUGACAUAAUCAUGUUGAACCUUGUGAUUUCUGACCUCUUCUUCCUCACCUUCCUCCCUGUGAAGAUGAAAGAGGCAGCAGAUAAUAUGUUCUGGAAUAUGCCGUAUAUCCUGUGUCAUCUUAAUCUGUUCCUGUUCCUAAUGCCACUUUACGGUAGCAGCCAGUUUUUGGCGGCGAUUAGCACUGAGCGUUAUGUAUGCGUCGCUUUCCCAGUAAAAUACAAGAAUCCGAGGAGAAUCACUUAUACGAUACUAAUAUGUAUUGCUAUCUGGAUGUUCAUUUUAGUAACUGCUGUUUUUACUCACAGGGUUGCAUACGGCGGUUCUGAUAACGGCACAGUACCUCAACUGUGUUACACUAACUUUACACAUGUUCAACUCCAAAAUUUGCUCAAAAUGCGAUUGGCUUUUGUAGCAGCGUUUUUCUGUAUACCCCUCAUCAUUUGCUGCUUUUGUUACAUCAAUACCAUUCGUAUUUUGUUAAAGCUUCCUCUUAUUAAACGUUGUCGAAGGCUCCGGGCCAUAGGACUGGCUCUCGGGACGCUGCUUGUGUUCGCUCUUUGUUUUGGACCUUUCAACGCAUCACACAUUGUGGGCUACAUUACACAAGACGAUCCGAAGUGGCGCAUGCACACUUUAACUUUCAACACUUUAAAUGCAUGUUUUGAUGUUAUUAUUUUUCACUGCAUCUCUUACGAGAUGAGAUUGGCAUUUAAGGUCUGUGCAAAAGGUUUUAUUCAGUUUUAUGUUCGUAUAAAAAGUUUUUUUAAAUGUUGCUGUCGUACUUAAAUAAAUUGUACAGAACACAUAUGUAACGAUAUAAGGCAUACUGGUCAAAAAUGUCACUAGUUUUCACCAUGCUGUUUCCUUUCAAAAGUACACCAUUAAGAGUGCAUAUAGAUAUUGCAUACAUAUUGGCACCCAGUGUUGGGGAAAGUUACUUUUAAAAGUAAUGCAUUACAAUAUUAAGUUACUCCCCAAAAAAGUAACUAAUUGCAUUACUUAGUUACUUUCCAUGGAAAGUAAUGCUUACGUUACUUUUACGUUACUUUCCGUUACUUUUUCUUACUUGGCUGAGGCUUGAUCUCUUUCAGACCUUGCAGGUGUUUUUUUGAUCGCAAAAAUGUCAAGCACUGGCCUGCCAUCUCCGUUUCUGACUCAAACUGUUCCCGCUCAGAGUGCGUAAUUCUACGUUAAUAUGUUAGUAUAAUUCAGUACAUUAUUUUAUUUUUAAACUGAAUUAAUUAAACUGAAAAGUAACUCGCAUUACUUUUUUUAAAAGUAACUCAAAUAUUAAUGCAUACAUUUAUAAAGUAAUGCGUUACUUUACUCAUUACUUCAGAAAAGUAAUAUUAUUACGUAAUGCACGUUACUUGUAAUGCGUUACCCCGAUACAUAUUAGGAUCUUUUACCAUAGUGACAGCUUGGGACCAUUUUAGUUUAACAUAGACUUUAUACAUUUAGACACAAAGCAAAAUGUAGAACCAUCUGCAAGUCUUGUUAUUUUAAAUAUGAUUUCUAUUAUGAAUGGACACAUAUUUAUGUCAUGAAUACACACUGAAUCACACUGACUGUCACAGAUUUAGUCAAGGCUGUUAUGAAAAAACCUCAGAUGCUUAUGCAGUGGAAGUUUACAAUUUUUAUCAUAAAUUGUUUUUAAUGUGUUUGCACUCGGUAAAAAAACGAUAUGUUAAUUUUUUCUUUGUGUUAUGAAUGAUUAUGUUUUAUUUGCAAUUUUCACAUUUGGGUCAGUGACAAAAACUGUUUGGCAAGAUGAUAAAUUAUUAUUAUAAAAAAAUAAAAACUUGUUUUAAAGACAUGCAUCAGGUUUAUUUCAAUGCACAUUGUAUUUAAGUUAAUUUUAUGUAAUAAAAAAUUAC